CAUACAAGGUUGCUCGGUAUCUCGAAAGCGGAAUACCAAGAAAAGAAUAUAAAUAUCAACGUCCUACCCCCCCUCCCUCGGUAUUCAACAAAGCGACCAAGUAACUCCUACGACUCCUACUACCUGAUUUACCCUUUUUGUACCUCUCACGCUCCCUCUCUCCCCUUCCUGAGAUAGUUUUUUCUUGUUUCUCCUUUGCCCACAAGGACCCCCUCGCGGUGAUCAUGGACAAGAUGAAUGUACAUGAUCAAGAGGUGAAGCUCGGCGUCGACAAUGAUGAGAAGCUCGAACAUGUCAUUGCCGAUACCAAACAUCACGACCCAAGCUGGACGGGAGAUGGAAUCGACAUCACCGACGUCGAUCCACGCAAGACACUCCGUAAGAUGGACUUGCGCCUGAUCCCCAUGUUGGCCCUGUUGUACCUUCUGUCCUUCCUCGACCGCGGAAACAUCGGAAACGCCAAAAUCGCCGGCAUGGAAGACGACCUCAACCUCUCGGGAACCCAGUACAGCCUGUGCGCGACAGUUUUCUUCUUCAGUUAUUCGGCUUUUGAAAUACCUAGCAACCUUUUGCUGAAACGAUUCAAACCGUCGGUUUGGUUGCCCACUAUAAUGGUGGCUUGGGGGACCGUCAUGACACUCAUGGGUUGCGUCCAAAACUAUCAUGGUCUCUUGAUCGCUCGAAUCUUCCUGGGAUUGGCCGAGGCAGGUCUGUACCCGGGUGUCGCCUAUUACCUCACCAUGUGGUACUGCACGGACGAGCUCGCGUUCCGUCAGGGUCUUUUCUUCAGUGCUGCAAGCGUGGCGGGAGCCUUUUCCGGUUUAUUGGCAUACGCAAUUUCCAAAAUGGACGGCGUCGGAGGUUACGCAGGCUGGAGAUGGAUCUUUAUCCUCGAAGGACUGGUGACCGUCUUGGCCGCAAUCGCCGCAUUUUUCCUUCUGCACGAUUUCCCAGACACGGCCUCCUUCUUGACCGUCGAGGAAAAGGCUUGGGUCGUGCACCGGUUGAAGUACCAGGGAAGCAAGAAGAGUGGAAGAGCCAUUGCUGAGAGUGACCACUUUGAGUGGAAGUAUGUCACUAGAGCCCUUUCCGAUUGGCAACUCUAUGUCAGUCUGUUCAUGUACUGGGGUAUCGUUUGUCCCUUGUACGGCAUCUCCUUUUUCCUUCCCACCAUCAUCGCAGAUCUGGGAUACAAGUCAACCACCGCCCAACUUCUCACGAUCCCUAUAUACAUAACCGCGGCCGUUCUCGCCGUCGUUCUUUGCUGGCUGUCCGACCGAGGCGUGAGACGGGGGGCCGCUCGUUGGGUCUACGUCUUUGUGCCCAUGUGCGUCAUCCUGGUUGGCUUUGUCAUGACGAUUGCCGCUUCAGCGGUCGGCGGCGUACCGGGCGUGGUGUACGCGGGUAUCUUCAUCGCGGUCUGUGGUAUCUAUCCCGCCUUCCCACAGAACGUCACUUGGAUCGCCAACAAUUUGGCGGGGAGCUACAAGAGGGCUGCUGGUAUGGCGAUGCAGAUCGGACUCGGUAACCUCGGCGGUGCCAUGGCCAGUAAUUUCUAUCGGGCCAAAGACAAGCCAAAGUUUUUGCUCGGUCACGGGCUAGAACUCGGCUUCGUGGUGAUGGGAUUGGUCGCCGUCCUGGUCUUACGGAUCUCCUAUGGACGUAUCAAUGCGAAGAGAGAGAGGAGUGGAGAGGCACAUGGCCUGACAGAUGCAGAAUUGUCUGAUUUGGGCGACAGAAGUCCAUCCUUCAGAUAUACUCUUUGAGAGCUGAACAAGAGAGGAGGAACAAGUUGAAUGAACUGGACAGGGUCGUGCUUGAGAGACGGGAUGGGAAAGUUUAGGAGAUUUCGUCUCUGAGACUGGCAAUAUGAUAGAGAAGUUGUCGGCGGUUUUGAAUUCGGUCACAAGAAUGACACUCGUCGUCUAUGGCUCCUGACAGAUUGUAUCUUUGAUGACACAUCAACG